UCCAGAUGUGACUCCUACACCCCCAGCUGUCAUCCCUCCAGCCCCUAUACCACAAGGAGGAAGCAACCCUUGCGGGGGAGAGAUUUCCAGUCUCUCGGGCUCCUUCUCCAGCCCUUGGUAUCCUACAAACUACCCCACCGACAUGGAGUGUGUCUGGGUCAUACACGUGGCCGACGAGUUCCGCAUAGAGCUGGUGAUCCCAAGCCUGAAAUUAGAGAACAUCUAUGGGUGCCCUUAUGACUUUAUCGAAGUGUUUGACGGACACCAAGCUGCUGCACUCUCCAUGGGCAGAUUUUGUGCAGGAGCAGAGCUCACAUUCCUCUCCUCUUCAAACGUCAUGACCGCAGUGUUCAGAAGUGACACCAUGGUCACCAACAUGGGGUUUUAUGCCCAGUACAACUCCGUUCAGCAAGAUGAAAGGGAGAGUGAUAUGUCCCUGCGACUGGUGAACGGCAGCCACAGGUGUGAGGGCCGGGUGGAGGUCUCCUACAACGGCACCUGGGGCACAGUGUGCGAUGACAGCUGGGACCUGAUGGACGCCAGGGUGGUGUGCCAGCAGCUCGGCUGUGGCGAGGCCCUGUCGGCCCCAGUCAAGAGCUACUUUGAUGGAGGCACUGGCCACAUCAUGCUAGAUGGCGUACAAUGCACCGGGAACGAAGUCAAGGUGUGGCAAUGCAUGCACAACGGGUGGUUCUCCCACAACUGUGGGCACCACGAGGACGCCAGCGCCAUCUGCUCAGGUGUCGAUGGCAGUUCACACCUCGGACCCACAGAUGAAAGUUUCCCCUGUGGUGGUCUGCUCACGAAUAAUUCAGGCUCCUUCUCCAGUCCUUGGUUUCCUAAAAAAUACCCCACAAAUGUGGAGUGUGCUUGGGACAUACAAGUGGACAUCAGGGCUCACGUCAGACUCACGUUUGAAGUGGUAAAAAUGGAAAACUUCUACGGCUGUCCGUACGACUUCAUCGAAAUCUUUGAUGGCCCACAAAACGAAUCUUUCUCGCUGGGGAGGUUCUGUUCCGGGACAACCCCGAUAUUCACCUCCUCCUCCAACCGCAUGUCCGUGGUGUUCCACAGCGACGCUGUCAUCACCAACAUCGGCUUUUAUGCACAUUAUGAGUCUCUUGUGCAAGAUGAGAACGACACCGAUGUGGCCCUCAGGCUGACCAAUGGCGGGCACCGGUGCGAGGGCCGCGUGGAGCUGCGCUACAACGGCAGCUGGGGCACGGUGUGUGAUGACAGCUGGGACCUGCGCGAUGCCCAGGUGGUGUGCAGGCAGCUGGGCUGCGGCGUGGCGGUGGCAGCCCCGGGGCAGGCACAUUUCAGGAGAGGCCUGGGCCCCAUCGUUCUGGAUGACGUGGAGUGCGUGGGCACAGAAGCCAGGCUGUGGCAGUGCCUGCACCGCGGCUGGCUCACCCACAACUGCAGCCACCACGAGGACGCCAGCGCCAUCUGCUCAGGUUUCAGAAGAGUGGAAGAAGAUGAGCUCCCCACACUUCCUGUGUCUCUCACAGCCUCUCUGCCGUACCCAACACCAUCAGCUGUUCUGAGUCACCCAACCUCAGCAUCUUUUCCAAAGCCGACAGAGCUGCCCACAUCCACAGGUCCGGGCCUGCGGCUGGCAAACGGGUCCAGAAGCUGUGAGGGCCGGGUUGAGGUCUACCACGCCGACAUCUGGGGCACCGUGUGCGAUGACAGCUGGUCCAUAGAGGAUGCCCACGUGGUCUGCAGGCAGCUUGGCUGUGGCCUGGCCCUGUCUUCCCUCCCAGGGGCCAGGUUCGGCCCUGGGUUUGGCAGCAUCCUCCUCGAUGACGUCAACUGCACGGGAAGGGAGUCCUCCCUGGAGCACUGCCCUCAUGGCGGUUGGUUCACCCACAACUGCGGGCACCAUGAGGAUGCUGGCGUCAUCUGCUCAGGUUCCCCAGCUGCUGGACAUCCAGCUUCUUCAGCUCCUAGGGAGCAUCCACGUGUUUUCCAUCCGACAGCUGUUGAAGUUGCCCCAGCAUCGGCAGGAACGGCUCCCACAGUUGGUAAUCCUUUAGUUGUUUCUCACAGCUUCCUGGUUACUGGAUCUUUCUAG